AUGCUUCUUACUACUUGUUUCAUAAGGUUGGUUGUACUACUAGGUGUGGUCAGCCGAGUUACCCCUGCGCCUUUGUCACCGCCAAGCGUUGAUGGCCAACCUGUUGUCGAUCUUGAAUACUCGCAAUAUCAAGGCAUACGUCUUAGCUCUGGAGUAAACCAAUAUCUAGGGAUGCGUUAUGCUGCCCCUCCUCUUGGUGACCUCCGAUUUAGAGCCCCAGCAAAUCCAUUAAAGACAUCUGGUGUACAAGACGCGACACUGUUCCAAGCAAUUUGUCUAGCUAUUAACACGAAACUCCCCUCGACGACUGAGUCUGAAGAUUGCCUGUUCGUUAACGUCUGGAGCCCCGCUUCGGCAACAUCGAAGUCAAAACUUCCCGUAUGGGUUUACAUUACAGGUGGAGGCUAUGAGGCAAACUCCAACGCCAAUUACAAUGGCUCGACAGUGGUAGCGAACUCCGGCCGGAACAUUGUAAUGGUUAAUUUUGCUUAUCGGGUUGGGCCGUAUGGCUUCCUGGCGAGUGAGAAAGUGAGGGCAAAUGGUGAUCUCAACGUCGGAUUACUAGAUCAGCGAAUGGCUUUAGAAUGGGUCCAGCAACAUAUUGAGCAGUUUGGUGGAGAUCCAAGUCAUGUGGUAAUCCACGGCGCUUCGGCAGGUGCUGGAUCGGUGGCAUUACACUUAACAGCAUACGGGGGCAGGAACGAUGGACUGUUUGUUGGUGGAAUUGGUGAAUCGGUAUUUUUUCCAGCUCAGUCUCAAGUUUCCGAACUAGAAUGGCAGUUCUCGAACUAUGUCAAGGACACAGGUUGCGCUGCAUCUCUUGAUGAGCUUAAGUGCCUAAGAUCAAAAGACAUAACAAUAUUGCAAGAAGCGAAUGUCGCAACUCCUUUCCUGAGACGAACUGCCGCUCCGCUUUCCUACUGGACACCUACUAUUGAUGGUGACUUUAUUCAAGACUAUCCGUAUCGUCUCAUUGAGCAAGGAAAAUUCAUCAAGGUUCCGAUAAUGUUUGGUGAUGAUACCGACGAAGGCACAUUCUUUGUACCGGAUGCGUCCACGCCAGCUGAUGUUGCAUCAUUCUUCCAGAACAACUAUCCUCAUCUCACGUCCAACGACACAGAUGCGAUAAAUGCACAAUAUCCUUUGAUGGCCGCGCUUCCAGAACAUGCGGCAUACUUUCCCUCCGCAGCUGCAGCCUAUGGAGAAUCAACGUUCACCUGUGCCGGAAAUUAUAUCUCUCAGACAUUUGCAACAAUGAACGGUCCGUCUAAAGUAUGGAAUUACCGCGUCAACAUCCUUCAACCCGAAUACGUCGCAGAUGGACUUGGAGUACCGCAUACUUCCGAAACACCCGCAAUCUUUGGACUCGGAAAUGUCCACGAUGAUAUCAGUUCAAGUUACAGUAACACGAAUGCAGAUAUAAUUCCUGUUGUCAUGGAUUAUUUCAUUAGUUUUAUAAGGGAGCUGAGUCCAAAUAGUUACAAGUUCGCGAGUGCGCCAUAUUGGGAGAGCUUUGGAAAUGGGACUGAUGGUGGGAGGAGACUGAAGCUGCAGACUGAUGCUACGGUGAUGGAGAAGAUUCCUAAGGAUCAAGUGAAGAGGUGUGAGUUCUGGAGGGGAUUGGCCCUCACUAUGGAGCAAUGA